CUCUUCCCAUUGGCUGAGCAGAGUCAGUAUAUUUCCUCACAAACUAUGUGGAAGUGAGCAGAGUGUUCAGAGCAUUGAGAGGACAGACCGAGAGCUCAACAAGAAAACUCUUCAGCACAUCCACUGAAAGACUGCAAGAGGAGGCUUGAUACACUAAAUCCUACUGAAGGCAUCAGGGAACCAAGAUGGCUGUCAGUUCAUUUAAUCGUGGGCAAUGGGCCUCACAGUCCUUGCGAGUUACAGCAAAGGAGCUCUCCAUUAUUGGUGUGCGAGGCAAAAACACGGCCAUUGCUGAGCGAUUCUCCAAGUACCAGAAGGCUGCAGAAGAAACAAGUUCAGACAAGAAAAAAUCUCCAGAGAACUCGACUGCUUCACUUCGCAAUGGCAAUCUGAGUGUCCUAAAGCAGCUCUGGGAACAACCAGCCGAAACGCCUUCAUCUCCUGAAGCCAAAACACACUCCAGACAGCAGGAGAACCAUCAGCGAAAGCCUUUAGAUCCUAGUGUUAACACCCCAGUGGAGUCCAUAGACAUCCAGCUUGUUGAGAGCACAGAUAGCCAGUUGUUGAGCGACAGUGACCAGCCGAUGGAGAAGUGGAAGCAAAGAGAUGUGCCCAUCGAAAAGCCCACAGUGCCUCUCGACAGCCUAAAGAAGAUGUUUGAGAAAGGAGAGACCCUUCACAACAAUGUCUCUAGAGACAGUGGAUCCGAGAAUAUGGAACCAGGAAAUAAAGAAAGUCUCGACUCUGUAGUCAAAAUGGUGGAGUCCACCCCUCUCAGGGACCGAAUGGCCAUGUACAAGGCAGCUGUGACUAAGCAAGAUUCCCCUUCCUCCCCCAUUAGCGAACCAGUGGACAAUGAAGUCCGCAGUCACAGUGGGAAGCAGAAGGAAAAUGUGCCGCCAGUGUCCGCUGAUGUGGGCUCUGAAUCCAACAGUAUGAAAAGUCCCAAUUCAGACAGUAAUGGCGCUGUUACAAGUCCUGAUCAAAACCAGCCUAAAGCUGUUAGGAAGUUCCGUUUGCCUGUCCUUGAAACCUGCGUGACGUGCCUUAAGACCGUGUACCCGCUAGAGAAACUUGUAGCAAACCAGCAGAUUUACCACAACACCUGCUUCCGCUGUGCCUACUGCAACACCAAACUCAGUCUGGUGAACUACGCCUCCUUGCACAACAACGUCUACUGCAAGCCGCACUUCUGCCAGCUGUUUAAAGCCAAGGGCAACUAUGAUGAGGGUUUCGGCCACCGACCCCACAAAGAGCUUUGGGAUGUGCGAGGAGAAGGAGCAGAGGAGCAAGUGAAGCUGUCACCUCAAGAAACCACCUCCAGCCCAACCGUAGAGGAGUCUCCACUGGUAAAAGUCAAUCUGCUUGCGACCACUUUAGAGACCCGAACCCAAGCCACCUCUCAGAGGGGGGAGAAGCUACUGGAGACGGGACGACUCAAGAUCUCCUGGCCACCGCGGUCUGAAGGGCACGAGUGUGGAUCUACCGACGGCAGUGGCAUCAAACCCAUCCGCCCGAGAUGGCCUCCAGAGGGCGACAGGGCAUCAAGAAACUCCGACCAAUCUGAACUCCCAAAGAUUCGCAGGAGCGUCUCACUCAAGGAGAGAAGCAAGCCCUUCUCUAUCUUCAGCUCCGCGCCCGUCACUCCACCCAGCAAGAGAUGCCAAAGAUCUCCUUCAACUGAGAAGCCAAGCUCGGAGGAGGAAAUGUCACCCGUUUCUUCCACCACUGACCCGGUGAUCUCUUCAGAGGACAUGACCGAACACAACCAAUCAGAAGAGGAGGAACGGGGUGAAACGGAAACCAAGGAGGAAGACGACGAGGAAAAGAUGGAACAAGAGGAAAAAGUGGAAGCGCAAGAAGAGGAACUUUCUUCUCUGCAGUGCAGCUCGCCAGACAACAGUCCUUCACCGUCGCCCGAGAGCGAGUCUGGGCUGGAUCCCGAGGAGAACCGGGCCUCACAAGAGGUGGGCUUUUGGGAUGGAGAAGAAGCUGAGGAAGAGAGAGCUGAUGUCACCGUGGAGGACCUCAUUAAGAGGAACCGUCAUUAUUAUGAUGAUGAGGAUGAGGAAGACGUGGUCUGAGUGAUUGAUAGAUAAGAUGGACUUUUGUUUCCCGGUCCGGAAGCAACAGCGUAUUUUUUUUUUUAGUGCAUGGGUUUCUCUCUGUCUUUUGUGCAAUUUUUCAUGUUUUCAGCUUUUACAUGUGCAUAUAAAAUGCAAAUGAACUAAAAACCAAGUAGUUAUCAGGGUAUCCAGAAGGUUUGUCUAGUCUAUACUCUAGAGCUCCUACCGUCUCUUCAAGCCUAGUUUCAUUAAAUUAAUUCGGUACUUUUUCUAGUUUUUUUUUUUUUUAAAUAUACCAAUAGGCUGGAAUAUUUUAUUCAACUGCGGAAUAUGAUUAAAAAGAGAGAAAAAAAGGUUGCUAUUGCUUUAAAAAAAUUGAAUUCAAUCUUGGCAUGUUCAUUUCAAGCACCCGUCUUUUGUUUUUUAUUUCACACAAGUAACUCUCACUACUGUAAUGCACUCGGAUGUACUUUAAAUGUUAAACACCCCUGGCUGUACCACAUGAUGUAAUUGGCAAACUUUGAAUGUUUUAUUUUAUUGCUACAUUUUAUUUAACUUUUAAAUGUCACUUAUUUUAUCAUGGGACCAAAUAUCUUGGAAUACUUUCGUUUCAAAUAAAUGUACUGCUACAAAAUCCA